GAUGGGCGGGCUGUACCGGCGCUACCUGCUGGAGGUGCUGCAGCACACGACGGUUCAGGGCUGCGUGCACCUCACCUACCGCACCAGGCACCCACUCGAGAGGGUGGUGUGGGCCCUGUUUCUGGCGACCGCCAUCGGCUGCACCGUAGCCACGUGCCUGUCGACGUGGAACCGAUACCGCACCAAUCCCACGUCGGUCUCCAUGACGCACGACUACAACGAGUGGCUACUUGACUUCCCGGCCAGCUACGUGUGUCCCUCUAGCAAGGUCGACCCCGAGAGUCUUAACAUCACGUCCGCCCGGCUGGCCGGGGAGAACGCGUCCGAGGAGAGGCAGCAGCGGGUGGCCGACUACCUGCGGGCGGUGGCGAACGCCUCGCCGCGCCGCCUGGGGGCCCUGCGCCGCUUCGCGGGCGACCGCAGUCUGCCACAGUCCGACCUGCUGCAGCUGGUGCUCGAGGUGAAGUUCAACUUCUCACACAAGCCGUCAAACGUGCCGCCCUUAGGGAUGACGCUGCUGGAGGAAGGCGUGUGCUACUACUCCAACGCCCGGGUAGCGCUCCUCGCGUCGCCUCUGCCGAAAAGUACUCUGAGGUUCACUUUUGACGAGAAUGCAAGGCAUGUGCAAAGUACAGCGUUCGAAAUUCAUGAGUGGCUGCAUGAUAUCUUCGGUAUUCCUAGUGAUAAGGCUGAGUUUAUUCAUAUGUAUGAGAAACACUGUGUGUUCGUGUCGUCACCAGACGAGAUACCGAACAUGAUGUCAGCUGGCCAUUCCGCGAUGCAGCUAUCACAACUGAUAAUGUCGGUUGGGGUGCUGCCCAUGUCCGCCACGGAAGCACUGCUUUCGCUGAGAGUGGAGCAGCGCCGCUGCCGGCAAGCGCACGAGUCACCACUCGGCAUCAGUCCCGACUACUACACCUACGGCUUAUGUCGCCUCCAGUGCCGCAUAGACCUCGCUACCAAGCUGUGCGGUUGCGUGCCCUACUUCUAUCCACGACAAGCUGGACAGAAAGAAUGUGACAUAAAGGGAAUGGUGUGUCUUCAUGAACAUGAAGAGGAAAUGGUGACGUUACCAGAAGGGCUGACUGACUGUCACUGCCUGCCACGCUGCUCCGAGAGGCAUUACUACCCGCUGGAUUAUAAACUGUUAGACAACGACAAUCUGGGCGGUGCCGCCCUCUAUCGUUGGAGUGUCACGCAGUUCCCACGGGUCAACCUGAGGAAAGACGUCCUCUUCACUUUCGUUGACCUUUUAGUGUCGUUCGGCGGCGCGGCGAGCUUCUUCAUGGGCUGCAGCAUCCUGAGUCUGGUGGAGCUGGUGUACUACAUGACGCUGCGCCUCUAUUUCUACCGCCGGGCUGCCCUGAACCGUUUGCCCCGCCGCGCUUGAGUGUGUCUAGCGCAGCCACAGGGUCACCAUUCUCCUUCCAUGUUGCUGCCUUCUAUUUAACCACGCUUUCGCUUCAGAUCUCUACUACACAACUACCUGACGACGUGCCUCUGCCUGCUGGCGCCUCCUUCUGAUGCACUGCGUUGUCGUCAUCGUAUCGUCAUUCGGCCGAUACUCUAUGACCGCGAGGUCUGCUACCACGGCGUCUGCCUGGCCUAUGUAAGACUGUUGCCCGCAGUAUCUGCUGCUACACCCUGCCUAGCCUGAAGCGACACGAAGGAGUAUGUAGGAACUCAGCAGUGCUGAGAAGAAUUAUUGCCGCACUGAUGGCGGUAUCACGUAUUUUUUGUCUUCAGUUGCAUCGUAUUCACAGACACCACACGUCUGCAGCUAUACCUUAUUCAUCAAAACUGAACAUGAUAAUCAUUAGCCUUGUUGACAGACGGAAGUAUUGUAGUAAAGUAUAUAUGUCUGUAGCUCAAACGGCCGCAAUAUUCAAGAUUAUUAAGGUUAUGACAUUAAUACAUUAACGACGCGUUUCGAGCCACUAGUGCUCCUUACCAAGAAUCGAGACAUACAUAUCACUUAAACAUCAUUUAUGCCACUAAUACUGUUAACUGUAUUAUCACCAACUACCUGAGAUGCCAUGGUUCUCAUUAGGUCCAGAGCAAAACAUACAUGAUAUAUUUCGUGAUAAGAGACGUGCUAUUAUGUAAAUAUUUAUGGUACACUAAGCUGGUGGCUUCCUACAAGUACGUCUAUCGACUGCUGACGCGAUCAAGCAUCAUUCCUCGUUUAUGUAGCGGCUUUGAACACUGUUUUCAAUCACUUUUCACUUUGCGCAAGAUUUUUAAAGCGAAGCUAAGACAUCACAUUGUACUAAGACAUCACAACUCGAUGUACGAAUAUAUGUGAUUCUUGAUGGAAGAUUAAUACGUUUUAUCUGCGUAACAUAUCACAAUAUGAAAAGAAAAUGGCUGCUAUAUAAAUACUAGUUACCCUGAAAAUUAGCAGUAAUAUAGCUAAUAGUAUCACCCAUUUCCAUUAUUAAAACUGAACAUUGUUUUUGGAAUUUGCAAUGGACUAAUAAUUUUCUACUUGAAGAGAAUCUUUUAGGGAGUAAGGCUCUUUAAAAGUUAUCACUCCACCUUUCAAAAUAAAACGAAAAGAUUUUUUUGAACAUCUUUCAAAAUAAAACGAAAAAAUUUUUUUGAACACUUUACGUGAAAGCUUGAGUUCUGUGAAAGCAUAACUCAGAUGUGGAUAGUGGCUGAAGUAUUUGAUAAAAUAGUCAAAAGCCACACCACAUCAUUAACUCCUAUUAUUUACAACACAUUACAAUUUAAAAACUGUAAGGCAAACUCAAAAACUACAUAGUAUACACGGAUUCUGCUGAAUAAUGAAUAUAAUUAAUUUUUAUCGUGAUUAGUUAAUCGGUAUUGAAAAUGUAGAAACAUCGACCAAUUGCGAGCAUAUUAAUGCAAAAUUUGGACUUGAAAUCUCUAUAUACUGUGCAUAAAAAUUAGAAAAAUAAUUAAUAAUUUGAAAAUUUUGAUAAAAUGUGACAUAACAGCGAAAGCACAGCAACCCGCAGUAUAAAACUUGUAGAAUAUAAAACAGUUUUUGAUCACAAUCUUUUUCGAUUUAUUUUAUGACCAGUUUCGACCUAUACGACUAUAAUCAAAUAUUUCUGUCGUUGUAUAUUUCACACAACAUAAAAAACUUGUAGUCAAGAUAGGCACUAUCCAAAGAUGUGAAAAAACACAAUAAAAUAGUGACAAAGAGACACAAUUGACUUGUAGUGUGAGGUCAUCGCUAGCAUACUGUGUAUACAAAAGACUUAUAGCCAAGACAGGCGCCAUCAAAAGAUAUAAAACGUAAUAAAACUCUAAUAAUCAAACAGAACUGACCCGUUUUAUAUGGUAAUACUGAUUUGUGAUUUUUGUUUCAGAGUUUUUUUAGUGAUACUUAUUCUGCUGGGGCAGAUAGUAUGUUACCUACACUACGUUACUGUAAUUGGAUACAAUGUAUUUAGGAAACUGAGAUUGUUGCAUUUAAUAUUCAAUUUAGUCUGAAGCAGUUCUGCAGGUAAGGUUCUGAAUUUGCUUCAGAGCUUUGUGUGAAAUGCCAUCAACACAGUCGUUAUAUAAUUCCAACAUUUCUUCUCAACGGAAACAGGAUCACACAAAACUGAUCAGUAUUUGCCUGUCUGGACGUAUAUAGAAUUGAGAUCUUUGCAAAAAAUUCUUGAACUGAUUGACCAACUAUCUAAUCACACCAUCGAUCUUUUUGUAUGAAACCAUAUUUCUCAUCCUGUAGGACAGUAUGGCAUUGCUAUUGCUGUCUCAUCUUUGUGGCAUGUUUUAAGCUCUGCCGGGCACUUAAAUGUGAUUUGCAAAGUAUCCACGUAGAUGUAGAUGUAAGUUAUUUACACUAAUUUCCCCUAUUUCCUGUUUCUAUCAUCUCUCUGUUAUGUGACUUGUAACCAUGGCCGAGGAAAUAUGGCUGUGUUGCACUUCCUUGGUCUUACACACUUAUCCUUCCCUUCUAGUGUCAGUGUCAGGAUUUUAAUAAAAUAGACAUAAGCGAAAGAAUUGAGAGGACAACUCAUUUGUAAUACGGAAAUAAUAACCAAUAUGUUGUAGAUGAUACGGUUAAAUAAGUCAUCUCUC